UCCUUCCCCCUCCUCCCCCUCCCCCCUCCCCGCCCCCACCUCCUUCCUCCUUUGCAAGGGCUGCUAACUUGUUGUGCGGAGCGAGCGAACGAGAGAGAGAGAGCGAGCGAGCGGCGGCGGCACCAUCCCGGCGGGCACCAUGGGCACGUCCGCGCGCUGGGCGCUCUGGCUGCUGCUCGCGCUGUGCUGGGCGUCCGGGCAGAGCGGAACCAACGGAGCGGGGAAAAAAGUCAAAUGUGACUCCUCCCAAUUCCAGUGCACAAAUGGCCGCUGUAUUACAAUGUUGUGGAAAUGUGAUGGGGAUGAAGACUGUGCUGAUGGCAGUGAUGAAAAGAAUUGUGAAAAGAAGACAUGUGCCGAGUCUGACUUUGUGUGCAACAAUGGCCAGUGUGUUCCCAGCCGGUGGCAGUGUGAUGGUGACCCAGACUGUGAGGAUGGCUCUGAUGAAAGCCCUGAACAGUGCCAUAUGAGAACAUGCCGCCUAAAUGAAAUCAGCUGUGGCGCCAGUUCUACUCAGUGUAUACCAGUGUCCUGGAGAUGUGAUGGUGAAAAUGAUUGUGACAGUGGAGAAGAUGAAGAAAACUGUGGUAACAUCACAUGCAGUGCAGAUGAGUUCACAUGCUCCAGUGGCCGCUGCAUCUCCAGAAACUUUGUAUGCAAUGGCCAAGAUGACUGCAAUGAUGGCAGUGAUGAGCUCGAUUGUGCUCCACCUACAUGUGGAGCCCAUGAAUUCCAGUGCAGCACCUCUACUACCUUCUGCAUCCCCCUGAGCUGGGUGUGUGAUAAUGACGUGGACUGCUCAGACCUGUCAGACGAGACCCUGGAAGAAUGUGGCCGCCAGCUAGUAAUGCACACUAAGUGCCCAACCAGUGAAAUUCAGUGUGGCUCUGGUGAAUGCAUCCACAAGAAGUGGCGAUGUGAUGGGGAUCCUGACUGCAAGGAUGGCAGUGAUGAGGUCAACUGUCCUUCUAGAACCUGCAGACCUGACCAGUUUGAGUGUGAGGAUGGUAGCUGCAUCCAUGGCAGCCGGCAAUGUAAUGGCAUUCGAGACUGUGUAGAUGGAUCUGAUGAAGUCAAUUGCAAAAAUGUCAAUCAGUGCUUGGGCCCUGGAAAAUUCAAGUGCAGAAGUGGGGAAUGCAUUGAUAGCAGCAAAGUAUGUAACCAGGAACAGGACUGCAGGGACUGGAGUGAUGAGCCCCUGAAAGAAUGCCAUGUAAAUGAAUGCUUGAUUAAUAAUGGUGGAUGUUCCCACAUCUGCAAAGACCUAGUUAUAGGUUAUGAGUGUGACUGUGCAGCUGGAUUUGAACUAAUCGAUAGAAAAACCUGUGGAGAUAUUGAUGAAUGCCAAAAUCCAGGAAUCUGCAGUCAAAUUUGCAUCAAUUUAAAAGGUGGUUACAAAUGUGAAUGUAGUCGUGGUUAUCAAAUGGAUCUCGCCACUGGUGUGUGCAAGGCAGUAGGCAAAGAGCCAAGUCUGAUCUUUACUAAUCGACGGGACAUCAGGAAGAUUGGCUUAGAGAGGAAAGAAUAUAUCCAACUAGUUGAACAGCUAAGAAAUACUGUGGCCCUGGAUGCAGACAUUGGUGCGCAGAAACUAUUCUGGGCUGAUCUAAGCCAAAAAGCCAUCUUCAGUGCCUCAAUUGAUGACAAAGUUGGUAGACAUGUUAAAAUGAUCGACAAUGUCUAUAAUCCUGCAGCUAUUGCUGUUGAUUGGGUGUACAAGACCAUCUACUGGACUGAUGCAGCUUCUAAGACUAUUUCAGUAGCUACCCUAGAUGGAACCAAGAGAAAGCGCCUGUUUAACUCUGACUUACGAGAGCCUGCCUCCAUAGCUGUGGACCCAUUGUCUGGCUUUGUUUACUGGUCAGAUUGGGGUGAACCAGCUAAGAUAGAAAAAGCAGGAAUGAAUGGAUUUGAUAGACGGUCACUGGUGACAGUGGAUAUUCAAUGGCCCAAUGGAAUUACACUUGACUUAAUAAAGAGCCGCCUCUACUGGCUUGAUUCCAAGUUGCACAUGUUAUCCAGUGUGGACUUGAAUGGCCAAGAUCGAAGGAUAGUUCUAAAGUCUCAGGAGUUCCUGGCUCACCCUCUUGCACUAACAAUAUUUGAGGAUCGUGUCUUCUGGAUAGAUGGGGAAAAUGAAGCUGUUUAUAGUGCCAAUAAAUUCACUGGUUCAGAGCUGGCCACACUAGUCAACAACCUUAAUGAUGCCCAAGACAUCAUUAUCUACCAUGAGCUUGUACAGCCAUCAGGCAAAAAUUGGUGUGAAGAAGAUACCGCAAAUGGAGGAUGUGAAUAUCUGUGCCUACCAGCACCACAAAUUAAUGAUCACUCUCCAAAAUAUACUUGUUCCUGCCCCAAUGGAUACAAUCUAGAAGAAAAUGGCCAGGGGUGUCAAAGUACUGCAACUACUGUGACUUACAGUGAAACAAAAGAUACCAACACAACAGAAAUUUCACCAACUAGUGGACUAAUUCCUGGAGAAAUCAAUGUGACCACAGCAGUAGCAGAGGUCAGUGUUCCUCCCAAAGGGACUUCUGCUGCCUGGGCAAUCCUUCCCCUCUUGCUAUUAGCAAUGGCAGCAGUGGGGGGUUAUCUAAUGUGGAGGAACUGGCAACAUAAGAACAUGAAAAGCAUGAACUUUGACAAUCCUGUCUACUUGAAAACCACGGAAGAAGACCUAUCAAUAGACAUUGGUAGACAUAGUGCUUCUGUUGGACACACAUACCCAGCAAUAUCAGUUGUAAGCACAGAUGAUGAUCUAGCUUGACUUCUGAAACAAGUUCCUGACCUUUGAGGUCUAAAAUCAAUACCCCACUUCGGAAUGGUAACCAAGCCAGCAGCUGAAGUCUUGUUUUUCCUCCAGGCUAGAAGAACAUGAAGAGAUCUUUGUGUGGAUGAAGCGUGACCAUUUUAUAUAUAACUUUCAUAAAUAUUCCUGUUCAUAUUCUACUUCAGCUUUGGAUAUGGUUACCAAAUAUCUCUGUAAACCUUGAAUUUCUAGACAGUAUUGCCACCUCUGGCCAAAUAUGCACUUUCCCUAGAAAGCCAUAUUCCAGCAAUGAAACUUGUUCUAUAAUGUAUACCACCUGUACAUACACUGUAUAGGCCACCUGUAAAUAUCCCAGAGAACAAUCACUAUUCUUAAGCACUUUGAAAAUAUUUCUAUGUAAAUUAUUGUAAACUUUUUCAAUGGUUGGGACAAUGGCAAUAGGAUAAAACGGGUUACUAAGAUGAAAUUGCCAAAAAAAUUUCUAAACUAAUUUUGUACGUAUGAAUGAAAUCUUUGACCUCAGUGGAGGUUUAUAAAGACUGAGUGUUCAAACUAUUGUACAUUUUUUUUCAAGUGCUAAAAAAUUAAACCAAGCAGCUUAAUCAUGGUUUGUGCCUAUUCCUCUAGGAUAAACUCCUAUUAAAUAGUUGAUCAGUUUUGUGUAUUAACUAAAUGUGUGAGCUUUAGGUCUUGAUGUUGUAUAACCAACACUAUAAUUUGGCUAGUUUCUCUAACAGUCAAACACUAAAACAUUCACUAUUUUCUUCCCAACUAUUUCAUAAAAGAAACCAGCCUAACAGGUAGCUAAGAAACCUCUGACUUAGAGGGGAAAUCCUUUUCUCACUAAUAUCCUAAGAUUUCUAUCAAUUUCUCUUCUUCAUACUCACUUCUGUUUUCCAUGUCAUAUCAUUUUACAUAAAUGGACAAGUGCCUUCUAAGGCAUGAGAAAGAAAUUUCUAUUUUGGAAGUCAAGACAGCCUACCAUGGAGAGAUAUAAGGAGGAAAACAACUAGUGUCACUCCUGUAUGACCUCCACAUUAAUGGUUUCCCUGUGUGGUCUUAAGGUCAGUGCCAUGAAUAUCACCUAAGAAAAUGAGUCAGGACUGGAAACUCUCAGGUCCAUUUUCAGACCUGUUAAAUCAAAUUCUAGGUAUGCUAGAGUAGUGUUUAUACAGUGUUUCAGGGAUUCUGGUUCAAUGUAAAAUUCAAAAACCACAAAAUUCAUAAGGUAUCUGUACUAGUUGCUAAUUUUUUCAAUCUUACAGAGGAUUGAGUUCUAUGAACUGCAGGAGUCUUUAAUAAAAAGUAUAUAGAAAGUGGAACAAAAAGUUGUACAGGACUGUUUUCUAUCAGAUUUGGCAUAGUUUAUUUUUUCAAAGGCUUUAGGAUACUAGCAAGAAAAGAUACAGACCGUGGGCAAAGGAUCUAAGUGCACAGUGCAGGGAGGAGUUCAAUAAAGAUGUGAUUCCUUUAGGAAUUAGAUGCCAGUGCAGUUGCAAAAAAAAAAAAAAAAAAAAAAAAGGAAAAGUAGCUGAAGAGAUAGUACAGGUAAUGUAUUUGCCUUGUACAUAGCUAACUGGGGCUCAAUCACUGGCAUCCUUUAGUGCUUUUUGAGCAUUUCCAGGAGUAACUCCUCCAUGCAGAAUCAGGAAUAGUCCAUGAAAGAAAAUAUGUUUUGAGUAGGCAAAUAUGUGUAUGGACAGCUCAUAUUUGAAUUGCAUGUGGUUUAUAAAGCAGUUAACAUCAUACUCAGGCUAGGAGAUGAAUAAUCAUAAAGGCAUUGUUUCAGUCAUCUAGGUUCUGCUCCAAUAGAAGAAAGUUAAAGGGUAGGUGUGUAUGUUUUUCUUUUUUUAUGAUAGGUGUGAAGGUCAAGUAGAAGCAAAAGACUUAGUCAUGGAUGUAAAGAGCCCUGCUUUCACCUGUUGCUUACUCUACAAAUAGUUACAACACUAAACAUUAUGUAGCCUGCUGUCAUAGGAUGGCUGGAGAGAAUCUAAUAUGUUGAUUGGUAUUCAUCAAAACUUGAAGAUAUUCGGUUCUUUGGAAUGCUAGGAAGCUUAAAGAUGCCAUUGUUUACUCCACUACAAGGAUCUACAACUUUCUCACUUAUGCUGUACAAAACCAUCGUUUUUAAGAAAAAAUAAAGCAUUAUUCUUCAUCUUC